AUGACAGAAGAGACUGACAUCAUUGUUGAAAAUGCCAUUAUCGAGCAAAGUGGUAAAGAGGACGCGAUAAACCUAAAAAUUCUGCUCGAUAAACGCGAUGCAAUUCUCCUCUCAGAAGCAGCGCAGUAUGCAUCCGUUCCCGGGAUCAGAUGCUUGCUAGAUCGACUUUCCCCAGACUUUCCAAAUGCAAACCAGAUUGUCCUUGAAUACAGUGCUAUGGCAGGAAACUUCAAAGUGUUUGAUUAUAUGAUUGAAAACUGCCAAGAUUUAGAUCUUGGGGUAAAUUUGCGUUAUUAUGCUAUAUCAGGUGGUGUUGAAAUCUGGAAGAUACUUCUAAAGAUCAGACCUGAACUACUUGACGAGCCCAUUGGACAUUUCGGGGAUCCACUUGCGCUUUCAGUGCAUAAAGAGAAUAAUGAGCUUGUGGUUUAUCUGUUAAAGCAGGGUGCGGAUGCGAAAGACAGCAAUUUGUCGGGAAUAUCUGCUUUACGUUUAGCAAGGAAAAAUCAGGGUAUUACUGCUGAUACGCUGCGAUUACUUGAGAGCUAUGUUGCUGACUAG